AUGGCUGAGGAAUUCUACAAUGCUUUUGCUACACCCGUUGCACCAGUUACCGCUGCUGAAACAGUAUACAGUGAGAAUGAGACGGGUACUCAUCAGAAACCACCGAAGCUGAUAUACUGUCAUCUGGUUCUGGAAAUGGGAAGAUUAGACACUCAGAAAGAGGAUGAUGAGUGGGUUGAUAAGCUAGCUGAAGCUUUGCCACAACACAAAUGGGGAACGUAUUUGAUGGUUGUGAAACUCAUGAGAAAGUCUGAGAAUCAAGGUGAUGAGAUUGUUGCAGAAGGAUUUAGCUGGGACAAUUACAUACCUGGUGUGACUAGACCUGAUGUGGCUCUUGUUACAAGAAUUCUGGGUGAAAAUGAAGAUUGUCAGAAAAGAAUUCCAAUAUUUCCAGAUCUAGGAAGUGAUAAGAAGAUGGCACGUCUGAAGAGAGAGCUGGAAGCAGCAAAGUUACUCGCUGAUGAAAAGGCAAAGACAGAAGCUGAAGAAACAAAAGUUGAAGCUGUGACGGAAAACACAAUAAAAAAGAUUGUUGAAGUAGAAAAAAAGGAGAUGGAACUUGAGAAAAUUGAGAGUGAAAGGAUUAACCGAUUACUUUUGAGAUAUACUACUUGCGAUUAUCUGAUUGAUGGUGUUUAUCCUACUGUUGCAGUUAAAAAACAAGAGGAAAAACAAAAAAGGAGAAGAAAGAAAGUGGUGAUAGAAUCAUCAGAAGAGACAGUUUCUGAUUCCAAUGAUAAAAAAUCUAGUCGAGCUAUUGUUCUGCAUACUUCCGAACAACAAGUAAAUUCAGUCAAUAAUCUAAAAGAUUAUAUUGAAAGUUUGUCAAAAGAGCAAAGGGAUACUGUUAGAGAAAUAGGGUUUGAGAGCAUACUAAAAUUCAAUCUGCAUUCAGUUCCACGCAAAUUUGGAUAUUGGCUGGUAAAAAACUUUGAUGCUGAAAAGGAUGAGAUAAAUACCGGAGAUGAAAAGAUUAAGAUCACAGCUGAAUUUAUCCAAAAGGUACUUCAAAUACCAAAUGGAAAAACAAAGAUUGAGGAAAAAUUGAGACCAAAAGACACUGAUCUUAUAAUUAAAUUCUGGCGCGAUCAAUUCAGCAAAGAUAUAUUGAAGAGAAUGUAUGCGCACAACUUGAUUGAGGCAAUGCAAAGUAGUAAUGUUAAUCAAAGAUUCUUGCCAUCAAUGAAAAGUGACAAAAAAACCCAGGAUUUUAACUGGUGUGAAUAUAUUCUGUCGGUUUUAAGGCGUACAAGAAGACAAUGGCCUGGAAAUGAGAAGCUCUUCAAUGGAUCUAUUGCAUUGUUAGCGAUACUAUAUGCUUACAAAAAACAAGGAUUUGACGAUGCUGAAAACACUGAAGUGUUCUCUCUUGAUAAAAUUGACUCUACAACAUUACAAGAAUUUGAAGAUGAAUUGGAAAUUGCUGCGCAAAAUGAGGGGAGAUGUCUUAAUGAAAACGAAGAAAUUUUUGAAAAUGAAUCUGAAGAAAAUGAUGAAGACGAUGCUGAAGAACAACCAAUCACAUUACUUAAAGCUGCAACAGACUGGAUUGAUCAAGAUGAGAAUCAAGAAAAUGUUCAAAACAACCCAAUUAAAACCAAUGAAACAGAGAAAACACAAACAGAAAGUGGAGGAUCAUGGGGGCAAUUCUUCAUUAAACCAUCAAUAGGAAAUAAAGAUAAAAUGUGGGUAGACAGUCAAAGCCGACUGCGUAAUUUCAUGCCAUCACAAAAUCAAAGUGAAGGUCUUUCUGCCAUUCAUUCAACAAAAAGUGGCGAUGAAAAUAUGAAGAACAUUGAAGAUAAAAGAUCACAAGAAGAAUAUCUUGUGUCUGUUUUGGAUAAUCAUUUAAAAGGAUUUGAAGAUAUUUUCGAAAACAUCCAAUCACGCAUAGAUGAGCUUGUCGAAGAAUAUCCAAACAGUGAAGCACUUCAUAACAAAGUCAACGAAUGGGUUUCAUUGAUGGAAAAAUUAAACCAUCAAGCAAAAAAGAACAAGAAAGUUAAUAUUGAUUCAAAUACGAUGGAAACACCAUCAAGAUUCCUAAAUUUGAGCCAAAAUGAUGAAACUGAAAAUCAAAUCAUUUCAACUCCAUUGAUUAUAAAACGCAAUGAUGAUGAUGAUGCAAAACGCAAUGAUGAUAACACAACUGUAGUCCAGUCCUCCAUUCCAGAAAAAAACAGUAACAAUGACCCUGCAUCUAUUCUGCAAACACACAUGGAAAAACCUUCAAUGGAACAAUCAUCAUUUAGCGAAGAAACUCCAUCAUUAAUGUUGGAGAUGAUCAAAAGGACAGAUGAAGAAGAAAAAAAAUCAAAUCAAAAGAAAAUUCAGGAUAAUGAGGUACCAUCCUUUGAUUUGAAAAUUUCUCAGUUGUCUUCAAAUGUUCAUGAAAGUGAAGUUGAAGUUGAUGCUACUCCUCUCGCUGCACAAACCGAAAUUCAAGCGGAAUCUGAAAAUAGAUCAAUCGAAAAAGAAGUUCAAAUUACUGGAAUACAAACAAUGUUUGAGAGAAUUGAAGAACAGGAUAAUACUGAAAAGCAAAUCAGUGAUCUAAUUCAAAACACUUCAUUCCUCAACUCACAAGAAGAUCCGUAUAAAACACCUGCAAAAUCAGUUCAUCAAGAGCAAACAACAACAGAUAUAAGCAAAACAGAAGAAAUAAUAACAAAGAUGGUACGACCUGAACGAGAGAAAAAUAUACCAGAAGUAUUUUGUUCACCGUACUAUCUAAGACAAGUAGCAAUGAAGGAAGCAAGAACGGCACACGAAAACAAUAUAUCGGGAUACGCUUUCCAUGCAGAAGGAGAAAUGAUGGAUACUCUCUUCGAAAUCAAAGAACAUGUAUUUCUAUAUAGAUAUGAUGUUGAAACAAUGAGGCCAGGAUUGGAAAUCACCGGAGAAACUUUCCCGUUGAAUGAUAAGGAAGAAACAAAUAAAGAUAAGAUGAUAGAAGCAUUCACAAUGAACAUAGAAAAAAUUCUUCAAGGUGCAAAGCUAAAAAGCAUAAAGGAUUUUAAAAUUAUCCUUGUCCCGAUUCUCCAUAUACAGCAUUUCUUUGUGAUCUCCUUUAAUCUUGAAGAGAAACAAAUAUUCAUCAUUGACAACAGCGCCAAAGAAGAAACAAAUGAAGCUAAAUAUGGGGAUGUGCCUGAAAAUACAAGGAAUGCUUUGGCAGCUUACCUUAAAUCUGUUGGACAUGUAAAAGCAGAUGAUAUAGAGAAAAUAACCCCUGUUAGAAUGCAGAUGAAAUGGAGGACACAAUAUAAUGGAAUUGACUGUGGUAUAUUCACUAUGCGUCAUAUGGAAUGUUAUCAUGGAGAACCAGUCGAAAAAUGGGAUUGUGGGUUUAACGUGGAGUAUGAAGAACCUGCAAGGGGUAAAAACAAAAAACAAGUCAACAAGCAGACCGCACAACUUGAAGAUUUAAGAAGGAAGUUCAUCGCGAAGAUAUUAUUGCAUGAAAUCAACGAACAAAGAGAUUAUGUUAUUGAGGACUCAAAGAAGUUUCGAGACCUCAGUGCGAAACUUAAAAAACAAUCCUAUGACACUAGUUUAGAUAGGAUUAAAGACAGGCUUUUUAAUGCUGGUUUACUUUGA